AUGCUUGGAAAAAGAGCGUCGACCUGGGCGUUCGACACCACGGAAACUCCCGCCCUCUAUUUUGGCGUCUGCAUAGGUCUGCUGGUACUCACCUCUGCAAAAGCCGUCCAGCAGAGUUUCCUAAUCUAUUCGAGGACAAACUCGUUGAAGAAUAUCUACGCUUGGAUGGUAUGGAUUCUCCUCUUCGCCAACGCCACCCAGGCGAUUAUAGUCUGGUUACUUUUCCGCGGUGACAUCUCAAUAAACAUCGGCUUCAUGAUUGCGGACGCCAUCAGCUGGGUUCUCCAAACCCAACUGGCCCCCCAGAUUCUCGCCAACAGACUCGGUCUCCUCAUGCACAACAAGCAACGAGUCAAGUACAUGAAGAUAGGUCUGGUUGUCUUCAUCGGCAUCUUCAACCUCGCAUACAUCGCCCUGUGGGUCGUCUUUACAAUAAACCCCUCUCAGCUGGCGGUAGUGAUCAACAGAUACUUGUCGCGGCUGGACAUAGUCAUCGAUCUGCUAGUCAACGUUGUGCUCGAUGCGACUUUUCUCAUAAUCAUCAAGCGUGAGCUCAUUGCCGGCGGCCUAGUCAAAUAUCGGCUUUUGUUCAAUUGCGGUGUGGCGGCUGUGUGCCUUUCGAUAUCCUUGGAUGUUGUCAUGAUGAUCCUCAUGUCUGCACCAAAUUCCUAUCAUUACACCUGCACCCAUCCGGUUGCCUACUGCGUCAGGCUCAUAAUCGAGAUGCUGAUGGCAGAUUUGAUUGCAGUGAUCGCGCGAACCCCGCAUGAGAUGAGGGAUCUUUGA